AUGCAGCAGCCAAUCAGAAUCCUGGCUGACUCUCCCUCCUUGGUCUGCCUAGCAACACGGGGCCUGGCUGGCCUCCCGGUCUCUGAUUGGCGCCGCCGCUCCUGGCCCCGCCCCUUCCCCAACGGACUUUCUCUCCGCCGCGGCUCCUCUCCCAACGAGGAAGGGCGUGGCCUGGGUGACGUCACUCCCGCCCCCUCAGAGGCCACCCACCCAUCAAUCAAAACCGGAGAGCGGCGGGUAGCCAAUGGUGGUCUCCGGGGGGCGGGGCUCCACGGACUCAGCCAAUGCGAGGGAGCGGGAAAGGCCUUCUUCUCGGGCGGGUCCCUCCGUGAGGCGGAGAGCGAGAAGAAAGAGGCCGAGCGAGAGAACGGGAGAGACCCCAGGAGAGCCUUCGCACAACUGAGACUUGUGUGCCAGCUGCGCCCGUACCUUGGGAAGUCUGACUUGGCCACGGUGGUCCACGCUCUGGUCACAUCCCGGCUGGAUUACUGCAACGCGCUCUACGUGGGGCUGCCUUUGAAGACAGCCCGGAAGCUCCAAUUAGUACAACGGGCGGCAGCCAGAUUGUUAACUGGGGCGGCUUACAGGGAGCAUACUACUCCCUUGUUAAGCCAGCUCCACUGGUUGCCGAUAUGCUACCGAGCCCAAUUCAAAGUGCUGGUCUUGGCCUACAAAGCCCUAAACGGUUCUGGUCCAAUUUACCUGUCCGAACGUAUCUUCCCCUAUGAGCCCACAAGAACCUUAAGAUCUUCUGGAGAGGCCCUGCUCUCGGUCCCACCCGCCUCACAGGCACGGCGGGUGGGGACGAGAGACAGGGCCUUCUCGGUGGUGGCUCCCCGGCUGUGGAACUCCCUCCCCAGUGACAUUCGGCAGGCCCCAUCCCUUUUGGGGUUCAGAAAAAAACUGAAGACCUGGCUAUGUACGCAGGCAUUUGAAGAAUAAGCAUGUGUUGGCUUCGACUUGGUCUGAAUUACGGUUCUUGUAUAACGUCUGGUGGAUGAAUGGCAUAAGCACUUUGCAUUGUUUUAAACUUUGUAUAUUGUAUUUUAUGACUAUUUUAUGAUUGUUUUAACUGUUUUAAUCAUUUUAGUUUAUUGUAUAUCCGUGUAACGGCAUCAAUUGCCACUUGUAAGCCGCCCUGAGUCCCCUCGGGUGAGAAGGGUGGGGUAUAAAUAAUUGAAAUAAAUAAAUAAAUAAAUAAACACAGUCGGAUAACAUCAAUGAGACUGUAAACAACACAAAUAAGCAUUCCUACUUCACGGAUUUUCACUUUUCACCAGGUGG